AAUCUUGUUAGAUCUGUUCCAAAAGAAGAGUGGGACACAAAAAAAAAGGGGGUACAAGUAGGGGAAUUAAAGCUGCAAAAGUGGUCACCAUUUCCAUUCGAAGACUCGUAGUCUAGUACCAGUACAAAUUUCCUUGUAGGAACAUAUUAUUGAAGACUAUAGCAGCUUCAUUCCUUUCGGACCGCUGUAGCAGAAAUAGAGAGUGAGAGCCAGAGAGCAAAAUUAUUUAUUGAUUAGUACAAAGAGUAAGAGAUCAACCAGAGAGAGAGAGAGAGAGAGAGAUGGAGAUCAAUAAAAGAAUGUGCAAUGGCCUCGUCGUUGUCGUCCUAAUUGCUGUUAUUUUCACCGUCUUUAUGCCUGCUGCUGCUGAGGGUCAUGUUCAUCAUAGCUUCCCUCCAGCCCCGGCUCCUGCUCCCACCAGUGACGGGACAACUAUUGACCAGGGGAUUGCUUACGUCUUGAUGUUGUUGGCUCUGGUGCUUACAUAUCUCAUCCACACCCUGGAAGUUCCCCUCAACUUCCAGGUUAUUUGAUUAUAAAUCCAUCCGACUAUUGCCCAGGAGAGAGUUAUAGGCUAAGAGUGAAUUGAAAUGCACAAGUAAAUUGUUAGAAAGACUUUCACGAAUGCUUAUGUAAUGUCGUCCUGGGACAUACAUUAAGCAUCUUACUAUGGGAUUCUUUCGAGUAAUUGUUGCAUUAAACUGCUAUUUACUAGAACAGGUUUUGGUUCAUCUUUCCCAACUUGCUUCCUAUUUGACUGGAUCCAAUUCUAUGUGCUCAUCUCCAAACUAUAUUUCUGUAUUUCUUCGUCAAAGGUGAAUUAUCAAGAUCUUUUAAUCAACCUAAGAGAAGAGGUUGUAUACUGAGGCUUUCUGCUGCAAUCCUAUGCAAGUAUGGGUAGUGUAUCCUUUGUCAUCGCAGUCUGAGAUUGCAAGAGCUCAGUGGAGGCUCAAAAUGGAUUAGAUUAGUGUCAUAUGCAAUGAGCUUAAACAGGGGCCGCAGCUUUGCUCCCCCAUUGUCACCUGAUCUACCGCGCUCUGAGCAAUUCUGUGCUAUAUGCUUGCCAUCAUGAAAGAGGAGGCAGGGACAUUACUUCGGAGGCUAGCCUCGGAGAAUUCCGAUGAAACAAAACUAAGCUGCAUAAGCAAUAUUCUGAGGUAACCUGAUCCUCUUUACACCAGCUACACAAGUUUGUUUGGAUAGAGGAAUUAUUUGUUAAAAUUUAUUUGCUUACAUCAUUAUUACAAUUUCCAACA